GUGGAAAGGGAACAGAAUUGAUAUUAGUUUAGGAAAUGCAAUACAUUUUGAUGACAAUAAUAAUAAUAUUAAAUAAGAGCCGUCUUUUUAAUGAUUAGUUUAUAUAAAUUGGUAAUUGAAUCCAAUCGUCGCGAGUGAAGGACAUCUAUCUGUUCUCUGCGUUACAGAGUAUGACUACUGAGUGAGAUAUACAUUAUAUAGAGGACUGUUAGGCAUUACAUGGCAUUGCAUACAACGAUUAUAUCACACAUAUAUUAUGAUAUAACAUGUGGUAGCACUCGAUCUUCAACCAGUGAUUAUACAGUGAAUGUUGUAAAAACCAUAGCAUUCAACACAUUGAAUACAUACAUCACAUCACAUAUACAUCAAUCAAUUUGUUGGCAUUAAUUAACUGAUAUUUCUGUAGUCAGUGUUGUUGUUGUGUGUGUGGGAACUAUCCUUUCAGUGCAUCGGUAUAGCACUGGUUAGUGCAUCUGUAUCUCUGUGGUAGCUAUGGCUCAGCAUUUAGAAGCCAAUAACACUCAUAACUCAUCCAAAGUGACCACAAAUUCAUUUAUUAGUGAAUCAAAUGCCAAGAAUAUUAGUGAUAACAAACCGGUUAUCAAAUACCGGGAACGGGAACAAUGGGGCAAUAAGUUUGAGUUCAUACUGGCCCUCAUGGCCUAUGCCAUCGGUUUAGGCAAUGUUUGGCGAUUUCCAUACCUGUGCUAUAAAAACGGUGGAGGUGCAUUUUUUGUGCCAUAUUUUAUAUUCCUAUUUUGUGGAGGCAUUCCCAUAUUGUUUCUGGAGGUAGCAAUUGGUCAAUAUUUUCGUAAUGGUGGUAUAUCUGUCUGGCAAUUGAUUUGUCCCUUUUUUAAAGGGAUCGGCAUCGGGACAUUGAUGGUCAACUUUAUACUCAACGUAUACUAUAUAAUUAUCAUCAGUUGGGCACUGCUGUAUCUGUACUACUCGUUUGCGUGGGUACUUCCGUGGUCUACGUGUGACAAUGCCUGGAAUACGGCCCGAUGUUGGUCAGCCAAAAGUAACCGAACCGCCGAUGAAAAUUCAGUUAAUUCUGUUAUUGAAUUUUGGGAAAGAAAAAUACUACAGAUAAGCGAUGGUGUCGACCAUCCGGAUGGUGUGCAGCCCGAGUUGGCCAUCACUUUGGCCAUCGCUUGGAUUCUCUGUUUUUUCUGCAUCUGGAGAGGCAUCAAAUCAACCGGAAAAGCUGUGUACGUGACGGCCAUAUUUCCCUAUUUUGUUAUGACUGCACUGUUUAUCCGUGGCAUAACACUUCCCGGUGCCAGUGAAGGUAUCAAAUUUUAUUUGCUGCCCGACAUGAGCCGUCUGAGUGACCCACAGGUGUGGAUGGAUGCGGGAACUCAGAUAUUCUUCUCGUAUGCAAUUGCUUUGGGAUGUAUGACAGCACUCGGCAGUUAUAAUAAGUUUAAUAAUAAUUUUUAUCAUCAAUUAUUUUUCUUGACGGCUAUGAACUCUGGGACAUCAUUUUAUGCAGGUUUUGCCAUAUUCUCUGUACUGGGAUUUAUGGCCCACGAACAGGGACUCAGUGUUAGUGAAGUGGCCGAAUCGGGUCCGGGAUUGGCGUUCAUAGCCUAUCCUAGAGCUGUGGCCCAAAUGCCCGGAUCUACUAUAUGGGCCGUUAUGUUCUUUGUAAUGGUUUUGCUGUUAGGUAUGGGCAGUCAGUUUGUCGGUGUCGAAGGAUUUAUUACAGCUGUUGUGGACGUAUUUCCCGGUUAUUUACGUGUCGGAAGACGACGGGAAUGGUUUAUAUUGGCCACAUGUAUUGUCUCAUAUUUGAUUGGACUGUUAAUGGUUACCAGAGGAGGUAUGUAUGUUUUCCAAUUGUUCGACUACUACGGUGCGUCGGGAAUGGUAUUGUUGUGGUUCUGUUUCUUCGAGGCCGUUGUUGUCGGUUGGAUAUAUGGUGCCGAUCGGUUAUAUAAAAAUAUCGAGGAAAUGAUUGGCUUCCGUAUGUUUAUAUGGUUCAAACUGUGCUGGAAGUAUUUCACACCGUUACUAACAGCCGGCACUUUUCUAUUUUAUGCCACCACUUACAAGCCUACUAAGUAUAAUAACGUAUAUGAAUAUCCAUUGUGGGCCUCAAUGUGUGGCUGGAGUCUAGCCAUUGUUUCGAUGGUAAUGUUACCCCUUUAUUGCAUCUAUAUUUGGUGGACCACACCAUAUACAUCAAAUAAAUUACAAAACCUAUUCACACCAACUGAAAGUCCAUAUUAUGAUAAAGAGAUCAAUCAAACUGAACACAGAAUAGCGGAAAAUUCGUUAUAAAAUAAAAUAUAUA